CUACUAAUGACUUACCAGCCAGGAUGCUGUCGACCAGGCAUCUAUUCAGAUCUGCUCCGGCUCGACCCUCCUCAGCUCCAGGCCCAUCCAUGUCAUCACCCUUGCAACCACCAACAUCUGCCAGUCGCAGAUCACCCAGCCAUGCAGAACAAAGACCGACCUUGCCAGAGCUCGAAGAGGAUCUUCCCCCAGCUUAUACUCCCGCUGCAGACCCAGCUCUUGGCGAGGAAACAAUAGAAGUAGGUCCGCGAAGGCCAUUUCAACCACCACCAUCCCAGCCAUCAAGGCUGCCGCCCCCACUCCCAUCUCGUACCAUGCCAACACCGAUGUCUACUCCAGACAUCGUCCUGAGUCCUCCGACGGAACAACCACAAUGGUACCAAGCACCCGGUCAAGCUUACCGCUCCGAUCCUCCUCGUCCACAAUCCCAAUCUCGGCCUUACACCCCGCAACACCAUACCUGGACCAGCUCUCGGAUGCACGCUACACCUGGUAGCAGCAGCAGCGGUGGCGGGCUGAUUGGCAACCUUGUCAAUACAGUCAGAGAUGUCGUCGACGCCCUAUCGGGUGCGUACGAUGACAGGGUGUUAGCAGCCCAGCAAGUGAAUAGGGGUGCGUAUGCAUCAUCAUACCCGCCUAAUCCCCAGGGUCCCUAUGCGCCGUCGUAUGCACCUCCUGCGCCUGCACGCGCACCCGGGCCUGUAUCUCCCAUCAGCCCACCAGCCUCACCGCCAUCACGGCUUGACGUACCGGACGACGGGCGUCCGACAAGAGUACCUGUACCAGGCCAUCCCUUGUUAAGGGAUGGGAUGUUGUUGUGUUGGGAAAAGUACGGGAAGCCGUACACGGGUGCACUUGCAUAUGCACCUUGGCCAUUCCCUCGAGUGGUCGCCCUUCGAAUGGGAUGCAUCGUUCCUCCCUCUAAUCCAAACUCACCCCACAUACAGCCGCCGCGUCCAUCUGCACCACACCUCCGCUCCAUAUCGGAACCGCCCCUCUCACUCCCUCCCUCAUCGUCGUAUGCCGGCCCAUCCUACUAUAUCUACAAUCCGUCUCUCGGGAUGGGUACAUCUCCACCAGUCCCACAUGCCCAACCCAUCCCACCAGGCGAUCCCCGUCUCGGCGGACAAAUGUGCUUGAGAUGCGGAGGGGCGGGUACGGAUGUCUCAUUCUUAUUUGAUCUGACCGCGUGUCAGAGGUGUGGAGGUGUCGGGAGGGUGUGGACCUGAGUCAUGUGAGACAAGGGGGUGAGUGCUUGGGGAUAUUUGAUCGUACCUUGUACCUUGGUGGACGGAUUCUCGAGUAGUCUAUGUGGUUACUAUGAUUUAUGCAGGAUGUGAUAUGGGCGUUGUUAUAGCCUGGUACUGUUUGGUGCAACUCACGAGCAGACAGUCC